AUGACUACCACCUCUGUGGCCAGGGGUACUCCAUCACCCCCUAACCCAGCCUCUCGGCCACCCUACCUCCCAGCCUCCCAGCCCCCCUACCUCCCAGCCUCCCAGCCCCCCUACCUCCCAGCCACCCAUUCUUCCAGCCACCCAGCCUCCCUGCCAACCAGCCUCCCUGCCAACCAGACAUCAAGCCUCCCUGCCAACCAGCCUCCCUGCCAACCAGACAUCCGGCAUUCCUGUCUUUCAGCCUCCUAUUCUUCUAGCCUCCCUGCCACCAAGUCUUCUUCUUGCAACCCAACCUCCCAGCCUUCCAGCUGCUCACCCAGCCUCCCUGUCUCUUACCCAGCCUCCCUGCCUCUCACCCAGCCUCUUACUCAUCCUCCCUGCCUCUUACCCAGUCUCCCUGCCUCUUACCCAGCCUCCCUGCCUCUCACCCAGUCUCCCUGCCUCUUACCCAUCCUCCCUGCCUCUUACCCAGUCUCCCUGCCUCUUACCCAGGCUCCCUGCCUCUCACCCAGCCUCCCUGCCUCUUACCCAAUCUCCCUGCCUCUUACCCAGCCUCCCUGCCUCUUACCCAGCCUCCCUGCCUCUUACCCAUUCUCCCUGCCUCUUACCCAGCCUCCCUUACCCAGCCUCCCUGCCUCUUACCCAGCCUCCCUGCCUUUUACCCAGCCUCCCUGCCUCUUACCCAGCCUCCCUUACCCAGCCUCCCUGCCUCUUACCCAGCCUCCCUGCCUCUUACCCAGCCUCCCUUCCUCUUACCCAGUCUCCCUGCCUCUUACCCAGCCUCCCUGUCUCUUACCCAGCCUCCCUGCCUCUUACCCAGCCUCCCUUACCCAGCCUCCCUGCCUCUUACCCAGCCUCCCUGCCUCUUACCCAGCCUCCCUUACCCAGCCUCCCUGCCUCUUACCCAGCCUCCCUGCCUCUUACCCAGUCUCCCUGCCUCUUACCCAGCCUCCACAGACAGAGAGCUCCAGCCAAACUCUGUAUUCCCACCGCUGUCCUGUGAAAACCCAACAGGGGGAAAGACACAUUUGA